AUGUAUCGUCAGGUGUUAGUUCAAUCUGACGACCGUGAUUUCCAACGCAUUUUAUGGCGAUUUUCUUUCAAUGAACCAAUAAAGGAGUAUCGUUUAAAUACCGUCACAUACGGACAAGCAUGCGCUUCGUAUUUAGCAGUCCGAUGCUUGAGACAAUUAGCAGUAGAAGGAAGUGAACGUUAUCCGCAAGCAGCAUACGCCUUAUUAAAUGAUACCUAUGUCGAUGAUAUAAUUUCUGGAGCGAAUACAAUAGAAGAAGCAUGUAUGCUACAAGAGCAACUAUCUGAGCUAUUGCGUGAAGGAGGAUUCAAGGCUCAUAAAUGGUGCUCGAAUUCGGAGGAUGCUUUAACGAAAGUGCCGAUAGAUCUGCGAGAAUCAAAUUCAAACUUAAACAUUGAUGCGAACGAUAUCAUUAGAACACUAGGAAUCGAAUGGAAUCCGAUCUCAGACGAAUUUCAGUUUAAUGUACAAAUAACUGCGCAUGCAUCUACUAAGCGUAAAAUGUUAUCAGCGAUUAGCAAACUAUUUGAUCCUCUAGGAUUAAUAGGUCCUGUUCUAACGGUAGCCAAAAUUUUAAUGCAAGGGCUUUGGGAAACCAAAAUUGACUGGGACGAUCCACUUCCAGAAGCGAUUUUAGACAAUUGGAAGGAUUUCCAAGAGAAUUUGAAGGAAGUGAAUACCUUUCAAAUACCUCGAUUAAUUAUUAGUUCACUAGAAGAUAGUCGAUUUUAUAUACAAGGUUUUUGCGAUGCGUCCGAGAGCGCAUAUGGCGCGUGUCUCUACAUACAAUCGGUAAACAAGAUUCAUGGCGAGAUAACGGUCAAACUAUUAUGUUCAAAGGCAAGAGAAGCCCCUCUAAAGAAGCAGUCAAUACCCCGGCUAGAAUUAUGCAGUGCAUUAUUAUUGGCAAGAUUAAUUGAUAAGAUUCGACAAGCGAUUCAUGUAAAAAUUGAAGGAAUAUACGGGUGGACGGACUCCAUGGUUGUAUUGUACUGGCUUCGUGGAGACACUUCUCGAUGGAAACCCUUUGUAUCCCAUCGCAUAGCUGAAAUUAUCGAGAUUUUGCCUGCCAUUCAUUGGAAGCAUGUUAAGGGUUCUGAGAAUCCUGCGGAUUUAAUAUCAAGAGGAACUACGCCUUCUCGACUCAAGGAUAGUCAUUUGUGGUGGCAAGGCCCCGAGUGGUUAACCAAUCCACACCUACUGGCAAGAAACAAAGAACUUUAUUGGGAACUCACGGAAGAUGAGCUUUCUGAAGCAGAAGUGGAAGUUAAAAAGGAAUCACGAGUUUGCAAUCUAAAUAUGUAUCAACCAUCUGCGAUUAGAAUGUUAAAUGAGAUAACUGAAAGUUUAACUAAGGAUUGUUCCACAUUAACAAAGAUUGAGCGUUCUUUCGCUUAUUGUCUUAGAUUUAUAUCUAAUAUUUGCAAGAAGAAGAAGAAUAGGAUCUUAGGCAGAUUAUCAUUGUUAGAACUAAAUAAGGCCAGACAGGAGUUAAUUAAAUAUUUUCAGCGCAUAUACUUCGGAGAGAAAUUAAAGAGUUUGCAAGAUAAACGUCAAUUGAGUCAAUCAAGCCAAUUACAUCAACUACAAGCAUUUUUGGAUGAAGAUGGUAUUCUCAGGGUGGGCGGCCGACUUCAAGAGGCACCAUGGAAAUUCGAAAGAAGGCACCCAAUCUUGUUACCUGCACAAUACAAAAUUACACGUUUGCUGAUUGAAAGAGAGCAUCGUACUUUGUUACAUGCCAGUCAACAAUUGUUAUUAGCUUCAAUACGCCAACAAUAUUGGCCAUUAAACGCGAGAAACUUGGUGCGACGGAUUUGCCGUUCUUGUGUCUGGUGCAUCAGAAACAAUCCAAAGGGAUUAACGCAAGCAAUGGGAUCUUUACCUGUCGACAGAAUUAAGCCUACGCGAGCAUUCACUAUUACUAGAGUGGAUUUUGCCGGUCCAAUAGUCACACUUGUCAACAAGGGACGAGAUCGGAGAACGUGUAAAUCUUACAUGGCAUUAUUUAUAUGCUUCUCCACAAGAGCUAUUCAUUUAGAAGCGACAAGUGAAUUAACAACGGCAGCGUUUCUAGCUGCUUUGCGCAGAUUCAUAGGUCGUCGAGGUUUACCAAGCAAAAUUUGCAGCGAUAAUGCUACAAAUUUUAUAGGCGCUAAGCGAGAGCUAAGUGAACUCUACGUAUUCAUACGUUCAUCAAUUAAUGGAAGUGUUGGUGAUGCCUUACAAGAAAGGGGUAUAGAGUGGAGCUUCAUCCCACCUUACUCACCUCAUCUUGGUGGCUUAUGGGAAGCAGGAGUAAAAUCUUGCAAAUAUCAUUUGAAACGAGUAAUGGGCAACACUUUAUUCACGUUCGAGGAAUUAACUACGUCUCUAGUGCAAAUUGAGGCAUGCUUAAAUUCAAGACCACUAUCGCCUCUGUCUUCGGAUCCAUCAGAUUUGCAACCUUUAACUCCGGGACAUUUCCUCAUAGGAGAGCCGUUGAAUAGUCUUCCUGAGAACGACUUAAUUGACGUUGGGAUCAAUUGCCUCGAUAGAUGGGAAAAAAUUCAGCGUUCCGUCCAAGAUUUUUGGAAACGGUGGGCGGCCGAGUACGUGUCCAAUCUACAAAGUCGUGUUAAAUGGAAAUCAAGACAGGAAAAUGUGAAGAUCAACGAUCUUGUUCUUCUGAAGGAUGAAAAUCUUCCGCCCUUAAAAUGGAAAACGGGUCGCAUAACCGAGCUUCAUGCUGGCAAGGAUAAUUUAGUGCGAGUCGUGACCGUACGCACAGCAAAUGGUAUUUGUAAACGAGCUAUAGCCAAACUUUGUAAACUACAUGUAAGCGAUGAUACCGAUAAAAAAGAUUAG